CGCUGGGUGUCAAGUCCCUGCUCUCACUCCCACCCCUCCAGUGGGUAUUUCCCACCUGAGGAGGGGGCCUAGGUCUCAGAGCAAGUUGGGCAUGUGUGAGGAACAGUAUUACAGUAACAGCCUAAUGCCGCACUCUCGCAGCGACAGCACCACAGUGCGUGCUCUCGGCAUUUCUGUGGAUGAACAGAAUGUCAUUCCUGGAGCUUUGUGUCUCAUGAAGGAACUGAGACCUGAGUGGAACCCCCGUGAUAUACGGACGAAGCUCUUCACAGAUGGAAUCACCAACAAACUUCUGGCAUGUUAUGUGGAUACAGAGAUGAAAGAUGCUGUGCUAGUGCGAAUAUAUGGAAAACGCACAGAGCUUUUUGUGGACAGAGAAGAUGAGGUGACUAGCUUCCAGCUUCUUCAAGCUCAUGAUUGUGCCCCUGCACUCUACUGCACCUUUCAAAAUGGACUCUGCUAUCAGUUUAUACGUGGUCUGGCACUGGGGCCAGAACAUGUGCGCGAACCUGACAUACUACGGUUAAUUGCACAUGAAAUGGCGAAGUAUCAUUGCAUCCCAGCCCAUAAUGGCUGCUUACCAAAAUCUGGACUAUGGCAGAAGCUCAACAAGUAUUUAUCCAUCCUGCACAAUGAUGAGGGACAACCAGAGAAACUGCCUGCAGGGACUCCUAGCUUAAAGGUUUUGCAUGAAGAGCUUUUGUGGUUGCAAAGGUACCUCCCAACCCUCGAAUCCCCCAUAGUCCUUUGUCACAAUGAUUUGCUCUGUAAAAACGUCAUCUACAAUGAAGAAGAGGGUUAUGUACGGUUUAUUGAUUAUGAAUACGCUGGCCACAAUUAUCAAGCCUAUGACAUUGCUAACCAUUUCAAUGAGUUCGCAGGGGUCAGUGAACCAGAUUACCGGUUAUUCCCCAGCAAACAGACUCAGUUACAUUGGCUUCGACAUUACCUGGAAGGAUACAGAAGGAUGAGGCAAGAAGUGGGGGAUCUGCAUGAUAGGGAGGUGGAGGCUCUGUACAUCCAAGUUAAUCAGUUUGUGCUGGCAUCUCACAUCUUCUGGGGUCUUUGGGCACUUAUUCAGCAUAGAUUUUCGGACAUCAACUUUAACUUUGCACGGUAUGCAGUAUUAAGGUUUAACCGAUACUUUGAAGUGAAGCCAGAAGUGAUACCUCCACAGGCUAUGAAAUGAUGAGCCAUUAGUCCAAGUGGAACAAGAUGGGUGCUGCUUACUCCGGGUUUCUACAAGAACGCUUGCUGAAUACUAAAAAGUAUUAUACAGCCACUGAAGCUACUUAAUAUCACCUAUGCUGCUAAAGAGCAAUUUCAUCUGAAUUUACAAUUUAAUUGAAUUAGGGUUCAUAGAAAAAAAAACCAAAAAUAUAGAAACACUGGAAAAAUUAUACCCACCAUUAUUACUAUGUACCUUCAGAAGACCACUGGCCAUGUGAAACACAACAGUGCAGAAAACUAGAGGAAGAUAAACUGGCUAUUUUAAUAGCAGAUAAUAUCACUGUUGGUAUCGAAUCAUACAAUUCACAUAAUUUUAAGAGUGCCUGCAAUUUGCAAACUAAUACUUGAAGAUUAAAUACUAAUUUAACUGCUAAUAAAAGGACCUGAAAGUUAAAAAAAAGUAGUAAUUGGCAAACACUAAACUCGCCUAAAAAUAUUAUGCAAAUAUAUGGUUUGUUACAUCCAAUCAAAAGGUUUUUUGUGUCCUCAUUGCAGUGGAACUGUGACAAAAUAUUUGUAUGAUCUACCAUUUUAACAUUAUUUUUAAAAU